UACCUGAUUGUAUGAUUAGGAUUUUUGCAAGAAAAGAAACUCCUGAACAAAGACAAGCAUGGAGAGAAAAGGUAACACUCUGUAUGCUGAUUUCUCUUGCAUGUUUUUUUCUAGCUGGAAUCACAUUCUUCAUGAAUAUAUUUAUAUGUAACACAUCUACGAUAUUGAUUUUCAAUAAACUAAAGCCAGAAAAUUUUGAAGACAAUAUUAUUGUGGCAAAUGGUAAAUUGUAUGGGACAAACAAAGAGUACCCACUAGAGAAUAGUACGCAUUUAUUUAGGAAAAGGUCGGAAGCCUGUAAAAGAGCAUUUGGCCAUCAGAUUUCAUCAGGAACAUUUUCGGAGAGCAAUUUUGAGGAGAUGGAUAAAGUAUAUUUCGAUUGGAGUUAUAUUCAAGACAAUGGAUUUAUUGUGAUUGACAAUAAAGUAUAUGAUCCCAGCUAUUGUGAUGAAGAGGACUUAAGUCAAUUCAUUCAAGAUUUUAAGGGAUCAGCAGCAAGUAAAACCCAUUUGGAGAAAUAUGAUAAAGAUUGCAUCGAAUGCUUCAAGGAUUCAUUUUAUUCUGGAGAAGUAUCAUUUAAAUCCAACGGUUGUAUACUCGGAGAUAUCGUACUUUGGAUGGGUACUGUAAUUAUAUUUGGACUGAUCCUAACUCGCUUCUUCUUAGCACUAUUCUAUGCUUGGCAUGAAAAGAAAAGAGCUGUUUCCAUUCGUGGCAAUACACCUGUAAUUUUACAAGUUGCAUGCUAUUCUGAAGGAGCAGCAGGGUGGUAUGAGCACAAUGGUAAGAAAUCCAGAAUAAUGGUAGUUAACAAAGUAGGAAACCCCGGAGAGGUUGUAAAAGCCGGAAAUCGUGGAAAGAGGGAUAGCCAGGUUAUUCUUAUGUCAUUCUUUUCCAAAAUUCUCUAUAGCGAUCGUAUGAGUGAUUUAGACUGUGAAAUAUAUCGGAAAAUGAAACGGAUGUUUAACAAAUUUAGUCCUGAAGACUUUGAAAUUUUGUUGAUGGUAGAUGCCGAUACAAUUGUUGAACCUGAUGCUGUAGUCAAAAUGGUUUCUGCAUUUGAGAAAGAUAAUAAAAUUAUGGGGCUAUGUGGAGAAACUCAAAUAUCUAAUAAAUGUGAAUCGUGGGUAACUGCAUUACAAGUAUUUGAAUAUUAUAUUAGUCAUCAUCUGGCUAAGAAUUUUGAAAGUGUCUUUGGAGGGGUAACAUGCCUUCCAGGAUGCUUUUGUAUUUAUAGAAUCAAGAUAGUAACAGAUCAGCAUGGGAAUAUUAAGAACCAUUCUGAUAAAAAGAUUUACGAUGAAACAUGGACAUGUGUUCCAAUUUUAGCUAACCCCAUAGUUGUAAAUCCAUAUUCGGUUUUCGAGGCCAAAACGCUACAUGAACAGAAUUUGCUACAUCUGGGAGAAGAUAGAUACCUAACCACAUUAUUAAUGAAAAACUUCUAUAAAAGGAAGCUGAUAUUUUUGGCAGCUGCAAAAUGUUCAACUUGUGUUCCUAAUGAUUAUAAGACUCUACAAUCACAAAGAAGAAGAUGGAUAAAUUCCACAAUUCACAACAUGUUUGAACUGGUUUUAGUAGAUAAAUUAUGUGGAACAGGUUGUUUCUCAAUGCAGUUUAUUAUAUUUUUUGAACUUUUUGGAACAUUAACCCUCCCAGCUGCAAUAUUCUUUACCGGAGUUUUAUUGGUAAAAGCAUUCAUUGGAGAGCCUGCAUGGAUUCCACUAGUAAUGCUGGCUCUUAUAUUAGGGCUUCCAGCUGUAUUGAUAGCAUUAACAACUUUUCAGCUUCAAUAUUUCGGAUGGCUCUUGAUCUACAUUAUUAACUUGCCUAUAUGGAACUUCUUCUUGCCUGUAUACGCCUUCUGGCAUUUUGAUGACUUUUCUUGGGGAGAUACUCGUAAAACCGAGAGUGAUUCUUCUAAGAAGGAUGAAAAAGGCGAAUUUGAUGCCACAAGUAUAACUUUUGUAGAGUUAGAGGAGUUAAAGAAUGACAUUUUGAAAGAAUUUGAAGCCAAGACUAAA